UUUUGUUUACAAUAAUACUCGUAAUUAUCCUUUCUUUCCUUUUUCUGUAAGUACUUUAAAAAACAAUGUUUUGUUAGUCAAGCUGUUCUAUCGACUUUAAAUAUACAACGUAGAACAAAAGGUUAUAAUAGUAGAUUUAUAGUUCGUAGAAAUGGAUUUGAUUCAGGAAAAGUUCGCUGAAAAAUUGAAAUCUUUACCGAUGAGUCCUAACAGUGCACAUAUGUCAUCAGUAAAAUAUAAGAAACUUGUGGAGGAAGUAAAAUGUGCUAAAGUUUCUAAACGAAAAAAACCAAAGGAUUUUUGGUUAUUGAAACACUAUGAUGUAAUUCAAGUUCAAAAAGUUGAUAAAUUAAUUUUUCCUGUCAUAGACCAUGGAAUAAGAUAUUACGUUACUGAAGAAGAAUUGUGUGAAGUGCUAUAUAACACGCAUUGCAAUAUUGGCCAUGCAGGUCGUGAUCGAAUGAUUCAUGAACUGAAUAAACGUUACAAAAACAUCACACAACAACAAAUUUCCUUGUUUUUGCAAUGUUGUGAUGUAUGUCAACAAAAGAAGGGUUGUUCAAAAAAAGCAAUAGCAAAGCCAAUGGUGUGUAACCAAUUUAAUAGUCGAUGUCAAUUAAAUUUGGUAGACUUUCAGUCACAGCCCGAUGGUGAAUACAAAUUCUUUUUUGUUUACCAAGACCACUUAACGAAAUUCAUCUUAUUACGUCCUCUAACCUCGAAAUGCCCCAAGGAAAUAGCUUUUAAUUUGGUCGACAUUUUUACCACAUUCGGAGCUCCUUGUUUCUUACAGUCAGACAACGGACGAGAAUUUUGCAAUUCCAUAAUUAAUGGUUUAAAAGAGUUGUGGCCAGAAUUGCACAUUGUUCAUGGAAAAUCUAGACAUAGUCAGAGCCAAGGAAGCGUUGAAAGAGUCAAUGAGGAUAUCGAAAACACGCUGGUUACCUGGAUGAAUGAUAGAAAAACUACGAAGUGGAGUGAAGGCUUGCGUUUUGUGCAAUUCAUGAAGAAUAGAGCCUAUCAUAAUGAAAUUAAACAGAGUCCAUAUCAAGCUAUGUUUGGUUGUACACCAAAAGUUGGGAUUUCAAAUUGUGGAUUGCCAAAGUCUGUAUUACAUUCGUUGACCACAGAAGAAGAAUUGGAAAGUUUAAUGCAGAGGUCAGAGAUUAGAACUCCAAAAACUGAACAUCAGUUUCCCAAAAAACAAUGGGAAGAAAGCAAUGAAUGCACUGAACAACAGAUAAAAAAAAUUAAGCUAAGGUCUGACAGCGAGCUAGAGUCAAACCUCCCUGAUCCUGCUGUUGGUGAUAUUGUUCACAAUCCAGUGCCGGAUGUGGAUAAGGAAAAAACAGAUGCAAGGAGUGUUUUCGCUUGUAAUUUAGAAAUAACUGAAGAAAAAUUACAUCAAUUAAAUACUCAGAAUGAAGCAUUAAAGCAAUUAUAUAUUAGGUCACAAUUGGCAUUAUGCCACGAAAAACUGUUUGCUCUGGAAGACAUUCCUCACAAACUCCCUUCUCUUCGAACUGUAGCUUCAGAUCAAGACUUGGAUAAUGAACAGGGCUUUACUCGCUGUCACUGCACUCAAAAAUGUAAAACAAAAAGGUGCCUUUGUUUAAAAAAGGGGAUACUAUGCCAUUGGAAAUGUCACGAAGGUCAAACUUGUUGUAAUAAGUGAUUUUCUACUGUGAAGGUCAAAACGAUGACUCAUAAUGCAGUCAUAACACAAUAACUAUACGUUAUUAUUAUAGUUAUAUAUACAUAUAACUAUAUAUUAUUUCAUAUAUCUAGCUAUUUCAUAAGACUAGUUAAAAUAUAUAAUUUUUUAUAUGUUUUCUCUAAAAUGCCUAAUUAUUUCAUGUAAUAUUUAAUUAUUUUAUAAAUAAACUGAAUUAGACAUUUUAACGGUAAUAUAUAAAUUUAAAAAAAUAAAACAUAGAAAAUGGUUUGAUAAGUUUCAUGCAAUCCAUUUUGUAUACUUUUUAAGCUUAUCUUUGUUUGUAAAUUCAUAAAAA